CUUGUCGUCCCGCCGGCUCUGGGGUCCUCUGCAGAACGCAGCAUGUCUCAGGCUGAGUUUGACAAAGCUGCUGAAGAAGUUAAGCACCUCAAGACCAAGCCAGCUGAUGAUGAGAUGUUGUUCAUCUACAGCCGGUACAAACAAGCAGCCAUGGGCGACAUAAACACAGAACGGCCUGGAAUGUUGGACUUCAAAGGGAAGGCCAAGUGGGAUGCCUGGAGUGAGCUAAAAGGAACCUCCAAAGAAGAAGCCAUGAAAGCUUACGUAGACAAAGUGGAGGAGCUGAAGAAGAAAUACGGAACGUAA